AUGACUUCACAAAAUCCAAUCGUCCUGGCUUCAGCCAAGUAUCCUAAGCCGGCCGAGCGCACCUUUCAAUAUGGCACUGCAGGAUUUCGCAUGAAGGCCUCCCUUCUCGACUCUGUCGUCUAUCGUGUUGGAUUGCUCGCAGCCUUGCGCUCAAGGAAGUUGAAUGGCCAGAGGAUAGGUGUAAUGAUCACUGCGAGUCACAAUCCUCCGGAGGACAAUGGUGUGAAAUUGGUGGAUCCGAUGGGUGAGAUGCUCGAGGGUUCUUGGGAAACAUACGCUACAACACUUGCAAACGCGCCCUCCGACCAGGCUCUCCUGGAAAUUUACGAUAAGCUCACAAGCGACUUGAACAUCAAAACGGAGAACAAAGCACGCGUGGUCUUUGCGCGAGACACUCGAGCUUCUGGACCUCGCCUCGUUUCUGCCCUUCUGGCAGCUCUUGAGGCAUCUGGUACGGAGUAUACUGACUACAAACUGCUUACCACACCACAACUCCAUUACAUCACCCGCUGUCUGAACACGAAAAGCACACCUUAUGAAUAUGGUGAACCAACCGAGCAAGGAUACUACCAGAAAAUAGCUGCCGCAUUCAAAGCUGCUACAGGGACUCGGAAAUUCAACGGGCCCGUCACUGUCGAUUGUGCAAAUGGAGUAGGCGGACCUAAGCUGCGGGAGCUCAUCAAGUAUCUGUCUUCUGCCUCUGAAGGUGGCCUUGAGAUCAAAGUCGUCAACGACAAUGUCGUCGAGCCAGAGCGUCUGAAUCAUCAGUGCGGAGCAGACUUUGUCAAGACGAAUCAGCGUCCACCGCCAUCGUCCCACGCUGCCCCCUCGGCACGCUGCGCAUCUCUCGAUGGCGACGCGGAUAGGCUGAUGUACUAUUUCAACGACUCCGACUCCAGCUUUCAUCUAUUAGACGGUGACCGCAUCGCUACCCUCGCCGCCCUCUUCAUCGGUGACCUCGCCCGCAACGCUGGCCUCGGCGAAAAGAUCAAAGUCGGUGUCGUGCAAACUGCUUACGCCAACGGCGCCAGUACAUCAUAUAUCACCCAGGAUCUCAGGCUUCCAGUCGUAUGUACACCAACGGGUGUGAAGCAUCUUCACCAUGCAGCGACUAGAUUCGACGUGGGCGUCUACUUCGAAGCCAACGGCCAUGGUACUGUCGUAUUCUCGGACUUGGCCCUCAAGCGCAUUGGCAAAUAUGAGCCUCAAUCACCAGCCCAAGCCUCCGCUCUCGACACGCUGCGCGCCCUGACAGCCCUGAUAAAUCAAACUGUUGGGGACGCUCUCAGCGAUCUUCUCCUUGUGGAAGUGAUUCUCGCUCACAAAGCUUGGGGUCCUAAAGAGUGGCAUCUCACGUACACGGAUCUCCCCAACCGUCUUGGACGGAUCGAAGUUGCAGACCGCAAUAUCUUCAAGACAACCGAUGCCGAACGGAAACUAGAGAGUCCGCCAGGCGUUCAGGCCCAGAUCGAUGCAUUGGUUGGGAAGUACAAGAAUGGGAGGAGUUUUGUGAGGGCGAGUGGCACGGAGGAGGCCGUGAGGGUUUACGCAGAGGCCGCCACGAGGGGUGAGGCAGAUGACUUGGCAGCAAAGGUUGCGGAUGUUGUUAAGAGGGCCGGUGUCUGA